AUGUUGACGGUUGCCACUGCAAUUCUUUCUUUUGUUGUCAGAUACGGCAGAACCUAUCACACCAAAGAAACGUCAUCACCAUAUUUAAAUGUUAACAAGUGCGUCCUCUGCCAAGCCUUCAUUUUCUUACGCUCGCAUAAAGGCAAGAAAGAAGCAAAGAGAAAAGAAAGUGGCAAACAAAGGCCGCAACACCGACGUAAACAAUUUGGAAGCAUGCGCGGAAAGAAAGUAGGCCACAGACGAUGCUUGCAACGAAAAGAGAAGACUUCUUUUUGUUUUUCUUGUACAAAUUUCUUUUUCUUUCUUUCUUUCUUUCUUUCUUUCUUUCUUUCUUUGGUCUUUGUUAUAUUUUCACAUUCACAUCGUACGAUCUUUCUUUCUUUCUAUUUCUUUCAUUUUUCUUAUUCACUCUCUCUCUCUCUCACUUUCUCUUUUCAUUUCCUUUUUUCCUUUCUGUCUCUUCCACUUUUUAUUGCUGUUUCUAGCUUUCUCCCGCUUUCUUUCCCUUUUAUUCAUUCUCGCUCGUUCUUUCUUCCUUUCUUUCUUUCUUUCUUUCUUUCUUUCUUUUUUCUUUUCUUUUUCUCUCUCUUUAUUUCUGUUAAUCUUCCUUUUUCUCUUUCUUUCCGUCUCUUCAUUUCGCUUUCUAUCUGUUUCACUUCUUCACUCAUUUUCCUUUUCUCUCCGUUCUUUCCCUCUCUCUGUCUCUUCCUUUCUCUUCCCUUUUCUCUUUUUCACUAUUUCUUUCUCUUUCAUUCUCUCUCUGUUUCUUACCUUUUCAGUUCAUCUUUUUCUUUUUCUUCCCGUCUCUUCUAUUUCCACUUUCUGUCUUUUCAUUUUCUCUCUCACAAUUUCCCUUUCUCUCUGCCUCUUUCUUUCUUUCUUUCUUUCUUUCUUUCUUUCUUUCUUUCUUUCUUUCUUUCUUUCUUUUCCCUUCUCUCAAUUUUCUCUACCUUUCUAUCUUCCUAUCUAUAUUUCUCUUUCCUGUUCUCCCUCUCUCUUUCUCCCUCUCUCUUACCCUCUCUCUCUUUACAUCUUCAUAGAUGCUCGGGGACUUUUACUCUCUUUUUAUUUGCCUUUUUAUUCUAUCUUUUCUUUUUAUUCUCUCAUUACCUCUUUAUUCGCUCUUUCCUUUUAUUCUCUCUUUCCUUUUUGUUCUUUUCUUUUCUUUUUUUAUUCUCGUUUUCCAUUCUAAUUCUCUUUUUCGUUUUUAUUCUCUCUUUCUUUUUUAUUCUCUUUCCUUUUUAUUCUUUCUUUCCUUUUUUAUUUUGUCUUUCCUUUUUAUUCUCUCUUUCUUUUUUAUUAUUUAUUUCAUUUUUAUUCUCUUUCCUUUUUUAUUCUCUCUUUUCUUUUUUAUUCUCUCUUUCCAUUUUCUCUUUCUUUCUGAAUGUCUCUUUUUAUUUAUUUGUUCUAUGUGGGAUAACAACGACUAACUCUACAUUUUUCCAUUUCUUUCGGUUCUCUUCUCUUUUGUCAGACACUUUUAUAUUGAAUAACAACAAUCGAAUCUCAUUUUUAAUUUCUCUUCUCUCUCACUCACUCUUAGCAAUAUAUGAGAGAACAUCAACUUCUUCGGAAACUUUCUAUUUCUCUCUCUUUCUCUCUUUCAUUUUUUCAUUUUCUCUCUCUCUCUCUCUCUCAUUUACUCGGGAAGAAAAUAUUAUCUAUCUAUCUAUCUAUCUAUCUAUCUAUCUAUCUAUCUAUCUUCGAUCAUAA